AGUUCACUAGACAUGCAGCUUUCGUACCAGAUCUGGUUCGCACGGAGGCUCAGAGAGCGCAACGGUUCAUUGACGGGCUUUUCCCAGAAGUCCGUCACAACAUCGUGGGACACGGGACUCAGACCUACGCUCGUGCAGUUUCUAUCGCCCAGGAGGUGGACGCUAGCAUCAGGAGAGAGGCAGUUCGUGAUCGUGCCCAGCCAUCUGCCCCAGUUCAGCCAUUCGCAGCUCCACCAGCUCUACCAGCCCCUCAGCCGGCAAAGGAGAAGAAGAGGAAGGGAAAGGGUGCACAGACUGACCGGAGGACCCGACAGAGACAGCAACGGAUUCCACCGUGCCCGACUUGUGGUCGACUUCAUCGGGGAGAGUGCCAUGUGGGACAGGACAUCUGCUAUUACUACCACGAGCUGGGACAUUUUACAAGUCGCUGUCCGAAGAGACUCCAGCAGCAGCCUCAGCAGCCUGAGCAGCCACCACAGCAGCAACAGCCACGUCAGCAGGUACAAAGACCACCUCAGCAGCAGCAGCAGCAGAGGGGCAGGCAGCAGGCCAGG